AUGGAUUUAUAUUUUGAGGAAUUCAACCGAGGAAUUCUCUACAAAUUGUUACAGGGAAAAUACCUUAAGCUUUUGUUUUACCAGGGAGCGCCAUUGCUUUACCAGGGUUGUACUUUGCUUUACCAAGGGGGCGUUUUGCAUUGCCAGGGUUAUAGCAUUCUUUACCAAGGAUUGCGUUGCACUACCAAGGCUAUAUGCGAUUUACCUGGGGAGAGCGUUGCAUUACCGAGGCUAUAUGUGACUUACCAGGGGUUGGAAAUGUAG